AUGGACAAACAGUCUCUGCCGACUGUUGCUCGCCCUGUGGCUCCAAGACCAUCCCGUAGGGGAAGGUUUGGGGCACUCGCCGCUCUUCUUGCCGUCUUUGUCUGCCUCCAAUUCCUUAUCUCAACCACCAGCUUCUACACGAAGACUGGACAUCUCCCUCCUCAUGCCGAACAUAUUCUCGAGCGCUGUCAUGCACUCUACACCGAGCCCGGACCAUCUCGUCACUUUCAUCACCGCACUGUCUCUGACCGCUUCGUACCCGGUACCAAGCCUACCCUCCUCAGGCAUGCUCGUAUCUGGACAGGCGAACAGAACGGCACUGAAGUCGUCACUGGCGAUAUCUACCUCAACAAGGGCAUCAUCCAGGGCGUAGGCUCCUUUGGGAACUUGCUCGAGGACGGUUUACCUCCAGUGGAACUCGAAGUCAUCGACGUUCACGGAGCCUGGGUGACGCCUGGUAUUGUUGAUAACCAUUCGCAUCUCGGUGACGGACCCUCCCCAGCGCUUGAUGGUGCCGUAGAUGACAACUCCAUCCACGGAAUCACCCAACCAUGGCUUCGCUCACUCGACGGCCUUAACACUCAUGAUGACGCAUAUGAGCUUUCAAUCUCUGGAGGUGUCACAACUGCUCUUGUACUUCCUGGCUCAGCAAAUGCCAUCGGAGGGCAGGCAUUCACUAUCAAGCUGCGCAAAACUCUGGAAAGGUCGCCAACGUCGAUGCUCCUGGAGCCACCGGCUGAUAUCAAUGGAACAUAUCGCGAUCCACAUGCUCCACUGCACUGGCGACAGAUGAAACAUGCCUGCGGCGAGAACCCAAGUCGAGUAUAUGACGGAACUAGGAUGGACACGUUCUGGGCAUUCCGCAAGGCUUACGACACCGCACGGCAAUUGAAAGAGAAACAAGAUGCGUUUUGCCACAAAGCCCAUCACGGUGACUGGGACAGCCUUCAGUCUCAAUCUUUCCCGGAAGAUCUGCAGUGGGAGGCUCUCGUCGAUGUCCUUCGCGGACGCGUCAAGGUCCAAACUCACUGCUACGAAGCUGUGGACUUGGACGACCUAGUUAGACUCAGCAACGAGUUCGAGUUCCCAGUCGCGGCCGUACACCACGCCCAUGAGGCCUACCUCGUCCCGGAUGUGCUUAAACAGGCUUAUGGACGGACACCCGCCGUUGCCAUGUUUGCCACCAAUGCCAGAUACAAGCGUGAAGCCUACAGGGGUUCUGAGUUUGCUCCCCGCAUUCUGGCUGAGAACGGUUUACGUGUCGUCAUGAAGAGUGAUCAUCCCGUUUUGGACUCUCGACACUUACUCUACGAGGCACAGCAGGCAUACUACUAUGGUUUACCUGAGAAUUUGGCUAUCGCUGCUGUGACCUCGACACCUGCCCAAGUUAUGGGAUUGGAUCACCGUGUAGGCUACAUCAAACAAGGCUGGGAUGCUGACCUAGUCAUCUGGGACAGUCAUCCCCUUUCGCUCGGUGCCACCCCCGCCCAAGUCUACAUCGACGGGAUACCCCAACUCGACUCACCUUACGUAGCCAAUAAACACACCGCGUUCCAAGCUACGCCCAAAGUCCCCAACUUCGACCGCGAAAAAGAACUAGCCAUCAAAUUUGAAGGUCUCCCACCUCUCUCCCCCAAGAAAUCGGACGUCGAGAUCGUGGUGUUCACGAACGUCGGGUCCAUCUACGCUCCCCUGGCCGGCAAAGUCCAAGAGUUGUACAAUAACGCGGCCCAAAGCCUUACCGGAGACAUAGAAAAUGGCAUAGCCGUCGUGCGAAACGGUUCCUUGGAGUGCUAUGGACAAUCGGAGGGCAUCUGUCCGCUGGACGAGUUCGUUGGCGACAGGGUGCAGAGAAUUGACCUAAAGGGCGGCUCUAUUGCUCCUGGUCUAUUGUCCUACGGCUCUCCGCUCGGGCUGGAAGACAUUCAAGGCGAACCUUCGACUUGGGACGGAGCGAUCUAUGACCCUCUUGGUGGGAAGGUGCCCAGCAUCGUUGGAGGUGACGAUUCUGUCAUUCGAGCCGUCGAUGGGCUACAAUUCGCCACUCGUGAUGCUCUGUUAGCCUACCGUGCCGGGGUCACCAAAGCCAUCACGGCUCCCACUCAUUACGGCUUCUUCGGUGGCCUGGGCACGUCCUUCUCCCUCGGUGCGGCACAUAAACUCGAAUUCGGUGCUGUGCUACAGGAGACGACUGCGCUGCACGUCACCGUACGCCACUUCGGGUCCAAACCUAGCAUUAGCACUCAAAUCGCAGCAUUGCGCCGUAUGUUGUUGACUGCUGCGAGCUCAGUAGCAGCAGAUGAAGCCCCUCUCAAAUCUUCUGAGCAGGCCAGGCUUUUCGUAGACGUCGUGAAGGGUGAUAUCCCCAUCGUAAUCGAAGUCUACAGCGCAGAUAUCAUCGCCACCCUACUCCUGCUGAAGGCCGAAGUCGAAGCCCAAACGGGUCGCAGCAUCAAGAUGACCCUCUCCGGCGCCACAGAAGCCCACCUCCUCGCGAAGGAAAUCGGUGAAGCUGGCGUCGGCGUCAUCUUCGUUUCCUCGAGACCGUUUCCUACGACCUGGGAGCAGAAAAGAGUGCUCCCGGGCCCGCCGUUAACGAAAGAGAGCGAGAUUUCGUUGUUGCUCGCUAACAACGUGACUGUCGGGAUCGGUAUCGAGGAACAAUGGAGCGCGCGCAACACACGUUUCGACGUCGGCUGGGCCGCGCUCGAGGCUGACGGUCGCAUCUCCAAGGCCCAAGCGCUCUCCCUCGCCUCGACCAACCUCGAGAAAUUGCUCGGCAGUAAGGUCGAAGCCGCGGGUCUUUCGGAUCUGGUGGCGACGGAGGGUGGCGACUUGUUGAGCAUGGAGGCGAAGGUCGUUGGCGUUUUGUCGGCUCGUCGGGGAGUGGUGGACUUGUUUUGAUCUAAAGUUGAGAGUGGUCGGUGCUUUGUGUCGUGUUGUUGCCUGCAUGUUUUAUACCCUGCCUAAGCAGUGUUUCUUGAAUGUUAUUCCUGUCUUGUGUUGUGUCACAAUAAU